AUGCCUAAAUUCUACCCUUCGAUCUCCCCAGACCUCCGCGACUGGGCUCUCCGCCAAAGCGUCUUCUUCGUGGCCUCGGCCCCCCUCCGCGGCAAACACGUCAAUCUCUCCCCCAAGGGCCUACCCGAUGCCUCGUUCGCCAUCCUCGGCCCCAACGAAGCAGCCUACAUCGACGCAACAGGAUCCGGCAACGAGACCAUCUGCCAUCUGCGAGAAAAUGGCCGGAUCACGGUCCUCUUCUGCUCCUUUGACGCUGCGCCACGCAUCCUGCGCUUCUUCUGUACAGGCUCGGUGAUCGAGUGGAAUCAGCCCGAGUUCGCGACGUAUCUCGAGCGCAUGGGGAACAAGAGCGUCAUCGGGGCGCGAGCGAUUAUCCGGUUGGAUGUUUACAAGGUCCAAACCUCCUGUGGUUUCGGGGUCCCGCAACUGGCCCUCAAACUGGACCCGGAGACUCACGAGCCGAAACCGUACCUCAAGGACCGCGAGACGCUUGGUCACUUUGCGAGCAAGACCGUGGAGAAGGGCCAGCUCCGCUCGUAUCAGCGGCAGUGGAAUGCAAGCAGUUUGGAUGGGUUGCCGGGGCUCUGGUCUGCGAUCGGGGAUAACGGGGAGUAUGUGUGGGUGGGACGAGUGCGGAAUUGGUUGCAUCGUCAUGAAGAGGAGAUUGAGGUGGUGAAGACGUCGUUGCUGUGUUUGUUCUUUGCUAUGACUGUUCUUUGCUGGAUGGGGUAUGAUUGA